AUGUCCGACGAAAAGACCGCAACAAACCAGCAGCUCGAGCAGACCGAGAGGCUCGAGGCCCAGAUCAAGUCUGCAGACAUGGUAUGA